UACUUGACGGAGGGGUUCCUGCAUAUAAAAUAACAGAAAUAAGCGGUGAAUCAGGUUCGGGUAAAACUCAAGUCUGGUAAAUGAUAUUUAUGCAUUUAAAAGAAAAAGAGACUAAUUCGAUACUAGCAUGCAACUAGCUGUCAACGUACAAUUAAAGCCUGAAGAAGGCGGCGUUCAGGGUGAAUGCAUCUAUAUCGAUACAGAAGGUUCAUUCUUGACAUCAAGAUUGAUCGAUAUGGCUAGAAAAUAUGAUAUUGAAUCAGUAUCAAAGGGCAUUCAUCUAUUUCGUGUAUUGAAUCAUAUUGAACUUAUCGCGCUUGCUCGACAGUUACCCAGCAUAUUAAAGGAAUACACUAAUAACUCAUUUUGUAAAUUAUAUUGGCCAUUCACUAGUUCAAAUAGCCACCAAGAAUAAACUAGCAAUUGUUGUUACGAAUCAUGUUACAAUCAAUGGUAUCGAUGGAAGAUGGACACCGUCACUAGGUCCAUCAUGGGGUCACUGGUGUCAUAAUCGAUUAUACUUAUACC